AUGUAUGAGAUGAAGAUAAGUCUACAGAGGCCUGAUGAGGUGACCCUGACCAGUCAUCAUCUGAAGAGGGUCAAGGAUGAACCAGUGCUGGGGAAACCAACAUCCUCCUCCUGUCAGAUGGAUGAACCAGCGCUGGGGAAACCAACAUCCUCCUCCUGUCAGAUGGAUGAACCAGCGCUGAGGAAACCAACAUCCUCCUCCUGUCAGAUGGAUGAACCAGCGCUGAGGAAACCAACAUCCUCCUCCUGUCAGAUGGAUGAACCAGCGCUGGGGAAACCAACAUCCUCCUCCUGUCAGAUGGAUGAACCAGCGCUGAGGAAACCAACAUCCUCCUCCUGUCAGAUGGAUGAACCAGCGCUGAGGAAACCAACAUCCUCCUCCUGUCAGAUGGAUGAACCAGCGCUGGGGAAACCAACAUCCUCCUCCUGUCAGAUGGAUGAACCAGCGCUGAGGAAACCAACAUCCUCCUCCUGUCAGAUGGAUGAACCAGCGCUGAGGAAACCAACAUCCUCCUCCUGUCAGAUGGAUGAACCAGCACUGAGGAAACCAACAUCCUCCUCCUGUCAGAUGGAUGAACCAGCACUGAGGAAACCAACAUCCUCCUCCUGUCAGAAGGAUGAACCAGCACUGAGGAAACCAACAUCCUCCUCCUGUCAGAAGGAUGAACCAGCACUGAGGAAACCAACAUCCUCCUCCUGUCAGAAGGAUGAACCAGCACUGAGGAAACCAACAUCCUCCUCCUGUCAGAAGGAUGAACCAGCACUGAGGAAACCAAGAUCCUCCUCCUGUCAGAUGUUGUGCAUACAGAACAAAGAGACCAGCUAG